AGCUAUAAUUCACAUACCAUAUAAUUCACCCAUUUUGUACUAUUCAAUGAUUUUGGCAUAUUAUUUUUAACUGUGGUAAAACACAUGUUAAAUAAAAUGUAUGGGAGGCCCUUUUUUCGGGCCGAGCUCCUGCACUAGGGGCCAACAGAGCAGCCCAAAGCGGAACGGAGUCACCCGCGCUGUGCCACCGACCGGAAGGGACACGGGCAGCUCUCAAAACUCCGGAGGCGCAGACCGUCCACGCGGGACUGGGAAAGUCCCGCCCGUUCCCCCGCCGCCCACCCGGACGCCCAAGAAAGCCAGCGAGCUCCACAGCCUGAGGUCGCUGGAGCUGUGAUCCCGACCACUGGACGCGUUUCCCGCUUUACCCUCCUCUGCACGGGCAGGAAAGAGACGCCGGCCCAGGCUGCAGUUUCUACCUCAGAAACGGAAACAAAACACCGCCUUCUGUCUCCUUUUUCUCUAGGGAAAAAAAACCGCCUAGGACUUGGCCCAGGACCCCGACCACGACCCCCGACUCUCCGGGCCUGGCACGGCCUCGGCUCCGCCCCUCGGGCCAGUGGACCACAGAGGGGCGGCCUUUGCAGCUUUCCUAGAGCGGCCCGGAAGUGUCUCUAGGAGCGCUUCCGGGAACGAGGCCCUCUUUUGGCUGCAACAGCUGGGCAUCGCUGGCGCCAGGCAUCUGCAUCUGUGACCGACCUCCUGGGCUGGCUGAUCAAGAAGGAAGCAGCAGCAAUGUCUGCUGUGGGGGCUGCAGCUCCUUACCUGCAUCAUCCUGGUGAUAGUCACAGUGGCCGAGUGAGUUUCUUGGGGGCCCAGCUUCCUCCAGAGGUGACAGCCAUGACCCGGCUACUAGGGGACCUAGACAGGAGCACGUUCAGAAAGUUGCUGAAGCUUGUGGUCAGCAGCCUGCAGGGGGAGGACUGCCGAGAGGCUGUACAGCGUGUUGGGGUUAGCGCCGACCUGCCGGAGGAGCGGCUGGGUGUCCUGCUGGCAGGCAUGCACACGCUGCUCCAGCAAGCCCUCCGUCUGCCCCCUACCAGCCUGAAGCCCGAUACCUUCAGGGACCAGCUCCAGGAGCUCUGCAUCCCCCAAGACCUGGUUGGGGACUUGGCCAGCGUGGUAUUUGGGAGCCAGCGGCCCCUCCUUGAUUCUGUGGCCCAACAGCAGGGGGCCUGGUUGCCCCAUGUUGCUGACUUUCGGUGGCGGGUGGAUGUGGCAAUCUCCACCAGUGCCCUGGCUCGCUCCCUGCAGCCGAGCGUCCUGAUGCAGCUGAAGCUGUCAGAUGGGUCAGCAUACCACUUCGAGGUCACCACAGCCAAGUUUCAGGAGCUGCGGUACAGCGUGGCCCUGGUCCUAAAGGAGAUGGCAGAUCUGGAGAAGAGGUGUGAGCGCAGACUGCAGGACUGAGCCCUCAUUUGACUGGUCCCAUUCAGGUCAGGCUUGGACAUGCACCUCAGAUGGUGCCCAAGUGCAGCUGACUCUUUCCAGGACAGCCCUGCCCUUCCCAUGAGGCAGGCUCUUCAGUGUCAGUUUAAAUGUGAUUAUGUAAUUUUCUGUUUAAAUGAAAAAGAGAGCUAUGCCUUUUUUUCUUUUUUGGAAGUAAAAUGGCUAUAAACAACAUGUUUCUCUAGGUGGGUGUUAAACCUCACACCCUCCUCUUCCCUGUAUAUUUGUUUUUGCUGCUCGGUGUGGCCAUGUGUGGCCAGGUUGAGGCCCUUCAUAGACACCAUACAAUUGCUCAGCCUGGCCCCAUGUAGCCGGGUACUUUUGUAGAUUUUGUAUUUUAGGUUGGGCACUUUUAUUCUUCUGCCUUAAAUCCCUGACCUCACAGAGCUGACGUUCUAAUGGGGCUGAAGGGAGGGGAAACAUUAUAAAAAUAAACAAUAAAAAUUAAC